GCCCCAUUUGAUGUCUCCUCAUUGGCACAUGCAUGCAUGGUCCUAGUCUUGAUGUGUGAGAGACACCAAGAGAAGAUCUGUAGCUGAGACACGGAAGUAUUCAGAGAACACGCCCAAUAUUUGGUGCUAACUUGGCAGCUGGGGGAACAGUUACGUCGUAGAGGUAUACUGCUGAGUCCAGAUGGGCUUGCUGACCUCUAAAGAAGCUAAAAGGAAACACGCUCGCAUUUUGAUGUUGGGCCUGGACGCAGCGGGUAAAUCCACUUUGUUGUACAGACUAAAAUUCGGAGAUACUGAAUUUUUCACAUCCUCCACAAUAGGCUUCAAUGUGGAAAUGCUGGAGCAUAGUAGAAGCGUCACGCUUACACUUUGGGAUGUUGGAGGACAGCACAAGAUGCGACAGUUUUGGCCGUACUAUUUUCAGGACACCGAUGGGCUUGUCUUUGUUGUGGACAGUGCAGAUAAGGAGCGGAUGGAAGAUUCCAAGAGAGAAUUUGAACAGAUGCUAAAAAACGACUGGCUGAAAGGCAUUCCCGUGGUGGUCAUAGCAAACAAACAAGAUCUUGCCGAUGCGCUGUCUGCAGAGGAAAUCACCAAACGUUUCCACAUGAAUAGAUGGUGCUCAGAUCGAGACUGGUACGUACAGCCAUGCUGUGCCAAAACAGGGGAAGGGUUAACAGCAGCCGCUAAAAUGAUAAUCUCAUACGUCAAAAAGAAAAUGAACUCUAAAGGCGAAGAAACAGGCAGUGAUAUUCAAGAGGGCAGGUUAUGAACUAAUGUUCCAAACGUUGUAAUAUUGUGGUGAUUCUUGACAAUCUUUUUGAUGAGACUACAAACACGAAGGAUUCACCUGUAUUGUAGUAAUAUUGAUGAUUAGACCCAAAAUCUGACGAUUAAGAAUUGUAAGGCUGCCAAAUCAGAACAGAUAAUUAAGAAUAUCGAAAAAAUAAUUGUAAUCACAUUGGUAUUGCAUAAACUGUAGUUGCCAUGCCUUCAGCUGCCUGGACCCGAAACGGUUCCAAUCCAUCUGUACACAGCUCCCACCCCCACCUUUCAAAACUCUUCUUAAAACCUACAGUCUUAAGCUCGCUUCUGUCAUCUGUACUAACAUAUUACGAUGUGGCGAGUGCCUCCCAUUAAGCACCUUGGAAUGUUAAAAGUGUUAUACAAAUGCACGUUGAUGUUGUGACAGGUAUAAUCUUUGUUACGUCAUAAGGGUCUAUGAGGACAGUCUAUUAAAUAAAUUCAUUUUAACUUCUGUCUCGAAAUUUACAAAGUAACAGCAACAGUUUACUUAUUUAUUCGAAAGUCUUUAUUGUAUCUUCAAAAAAUUAGGGCGUUAAGGAACUGGUAGUAUUUGAUGAAGAUUUUCUUGGUAAUUUAGAUACUUUGAUGAAAUUGUAAUG